CCAUUAAACCGGGAGUCAGCUCAACGCUCCCUAAAAGAAGGAAGCAUUUAGGUAAGAUCCAGGGGAGAGAUCUUCAGAGAGGGCGUCGCCUAGCCAAGUUAACCAAGUCAUCUGAAUGGAUUAUGCACUGAGUUGAAGAAACUGCGCUUUCUAGACCUGGUCUGAACAAUGGAGACUGCGCCUGCAGAAACGCUACAGAAAAGGCAAGUUAUCUUUCUUGCUAUAAUGUUGCUUUUGUGGGAGGCUGGCUCAGAGGUGAUUAGGUAUUCCAUGCCAGAAGAAACAGAAAGUGGCCAUAUUGUGGCCAAUCUGGCAAAGGACCUGGGGCUCAGGGUGGGGGAACUGGUCACUCGCGCAGCGCGAAUCCAUUACAAAGGAAACAAGCAGCUCUUGCAGCUGGAUCUAAAGACCGGCAAUUUGCUUCUUUAUGAAAAACUAGACCGGGAGGCGUUAUGCGGGGCGGCAGAACCCUGUGUAUUACAUUUCCAACUAUUACUGGAAAACCCCGUGCAGUUUUUCCAAGCUGAUCUGCAGGUCACAGAUAUCAAUGAUCAUUCCCCAGAAUUCCUAGAGAGGGAAAUGCUCCUAAAAAUCCCAGAGAGCGUCCAGCCAGGGACCGUGUUUCCUUUGAAAACGGCUCAAGAUCUUGACAUAGGUAGCAACACUGUUCAGAACUACACAGUCAGCCCCAACUCCCAUUUUCAUGUUGUUACUCAUAAUCGCGGAGAUGGCAGAAAAUACCCAGAGCUGGUGCUGGACAGAGCGCUGGACCGGGAGAAACAACCUGAGCUCAGUCUAAUUCUCACGGCACUGGAUGGCGGGGCUCCGACCAGAUCUGGGACCACCACAGUACGCGUCGAAAUCGUGGACAUCAAUGAUAACGCCCCUGAAUUUUUGCAGUGGCUUUAUGAGGUACAGGUUCCUGAAAACAGCCCCCUUAACUCCUUAGUGGUCGCUGUCUCCGCCCGAGAUUUAGAUGCAGGAACUUACGGAAACAUAGCAUACGCUCUAUUCGAAGGUGAUGAAGUUACUCAGCCAUUUGUAAUAGACGAAGUAACAGGAGACGUUCGUCUGAAAAGGACAUUGGAUUUUGAGACAACUCGAUAUUACAGCGUGGAAAUUGCAGCCACAGACGGCGGAGGCCUCUCAGGGAAAUGCACUGUAGCUAUAGAGGUGUUGGAUGUCAAUGACAACGCCCCCGAACUGACCAUGUCCACACUCACCGGAUCUACCCCAGAAAACGCCCCUGAAACCGUGGUGGCUGUUUUUAGUGUUUCUGAUCCAGAUUCCGGGGACAACGGAAAGAUGGUUUGCUCCAUCCAAAACGAUCUGCCCUUCGUCCUGAAACCAACAUUUAAGAACUUUUACACCCUAGUAACACAGAAGCCACUGGACAGAGAGAGCCAAGCCGAGUACAACAUCACCAUCACCGUCACCGACCUGGGGACUCCCAGGCUGACCACAGAGCACAGCAUAACAGUGCUGGUCUCCGACGUCAACGACAACGCCCCCGCCUUCACCCAGGCCUCCUACACCCUGCUGGUCCGCGAACAGCCCCCCCCUGCACAUCGGAACCAUCAGCGCCACAGACGCAGACUCUGCCUGCUGUGUGUGCUGCUGUUCGUGGCGGCGCGGCUGUGCAGGAGGGCCAGGGCGGCCUCGCUGGGGGGCUGCUCGGUGCCCGAGGGCCCCUUCCCGGGCCACCUGCUGGACGUCAGCGGCACUGGGACCCUGUCCCACAGCUACCAGUAUGAGGUGUGUCUGACGGGAGAUUCUGGGAUAAAAGAGUUCAAGUUCUUGAAGCCCAUAAUUCCCAACAUCCCGCUCCAGGGAGCUGAUGGAAAAACAGAGGAAAGCGCUACCUUCCGAAAUAGCUUUGAUUUCAAUUAGAGAUCUUAUUAUGGUGCAAUGUUUUCUCCUAUGAAUCCCUAACUUCUCCAGAUAUAGUUUGAAGCGUCCAGCAGAAAAAUCCCUCUAGUUAUAGCUUUGAUACUCCUUUUAAAAUAAAUGUUCCAUUUGAAUUUUAUUUUAUUCAAUUUUGGAAACUCAAUUUUACUUCAUUGUAUUACAUACUAGACCCAUUCCUAAUCCAUGCAUGCUGUUUAGUUUCCUAAUUAUUUCCAUUCCUUUUUAAGAUAU